AUAGCUCCGUUGCUCCGUCUCCGCAGUUAUCCGUUUUAAUAACGUCGUAGAAAACAAGUUUUACAGAGUUCAAAUGUCAGGCGUGACAAGACAUCUGAAGUGUUGAUGGGCGUAGUUUAUACCAUUCAAUGGGCAUACGCUGGAUGUAUAUGCGCGCAUGUAAGACGCUUGGGUUGAAUGUCACGGUGAUCAAAAUUUCCCCGCUCCGCUCGCCGUUUGCAAGUGCAACUAGAGCUACUACAAACACAGACCCGAUAGUACGGAGUGGACGACUGUUUUCUUCGAGCACCAAGGAUUUUUCUGAUUUUUCAGGGAUGUCGGCCGAAAGCUGCAGAAAAGAACGCCUGAUCGUGUACAAAAUACCGGACUGGUUGGAAGGAAAACUGAAGUUUCAGCCCAAGUACAGAGUGGAGUUGGCCAACAUUCCAACCCGCAUACACAAGUGGUCUCUUCCUGGUGUCCCGGGGAGAUUUUCUGUGUCAAUCAAACGUGAUGAUGACACAGGAGGAGCUAUUUCAGGGAACAAGUCAAGAAAACUGGAGUUUCUAUUGGCUGAUGCCAUUGAUAAGGGCUGCAAACAUGUGACCACAUGUGGUGGAAUACAGUCCAAUCACUGCAGGGCUACAGCAUUAGGGGCUGUCCAGUAUGGCCUCACUCCUCACCUGUUCUUGAGAGCAGAUAUCAAGGACCCAGAGGAAGUGGGCUGUGAUGGAAAUCUGCUUCUCAACAGGAUGUGCGGAGCUAAGAUGUAUUUUACCCCCAGGUUCUCCCCAUAUGAGACUGUCUUAAGGCCUCGUAUGGAAAAACUAGCUGAGAAAAUUGAAGCAUCAACUGGUGAGAAGACAUAUCACAUUCCAGUCGGCGGAUCCAACGGCGUUGGUGUCUAUGGUUACCUAAAUGCCUUUCAGGAAAUGAUCAACCAGGGUGUUCUAGAACAAUUUGACGACAUCGUCUUCGCCUGUGGUAGUGGGGGAACAGCAGAGGGACUGGCUUUGGGAAAUUAUCUCACUGGAUCAAAAGUGAAAAUUCACGGCAUCUUGGUCAGUGAUUCCACCCAGUAUUUUGAAGACCACAUCAACGGGAAUCUGGACGAGAACGGACUGACAGGUGUCCGGUGUCGGGACAUUCUGGAUCUUGUGGAAGGAUACAAAGGGAGGGGAUAUGGUCUGUCCACACCAGAAGAACUAGAUUUCAUCACGGACAUCGGUGUGAAGACAGGUAUCAUACUAGACCCCACUUACUCCGGGAAAGCAGCUUAUGGUCUAGCACAGGAGCUGCAGAACUCACCCAACAGGUUCCAGGGCACGAGGGUGCUGUUUCUACACACAGGUGGUGUGUUCGGGUUGUAUGAUGGACGCUUAGCAGAGACGUUAAAGAAAGAAGGCGCUGCUACCAACCAAAUCACAGUUUUGUCUCAGUUGUAGGCGUGCGCUGUCAGUAAUCAGUACCUUUGGCAGCGUUGUUGAUACUUAGCUAUAUUAUUGAUACAGUGACUGAUAUUUGUACUGGUACAUAGGGCUAUAAAGCCUUAUACAAUAGCCGGUAUUGUUACUUGCAGGGAUCCCAACGCUUCUAUAUUUCCUAUAUGUAUAUGCGAUCCUAUAAAAAUCUGCAUAAAUAUUCCCUUUUUCCUCGUAAUGUAACCUCUAUGUGGUGCAAAAGAUGACUAGAUUUAAUCCUGUAUUGUAUUCUUUGUUGUUUGCCUAUAUAUUCCCCAUUGUCUAUGGCUAUCACACCAAGCAAAUUGUGUUCUUUGCUGUUUACUUUCCUUUGUCUGUCAUCCCAUUCCUAUUACAUUCUUUGUUAUUCUCCUUUUGUCUGUCACCUCGGUGUGUUGUCUAUAUUCCCCGUUGUGUAGCCCACCCUGUCAGUUACAUUAUUCCUCGUGCAUUCUACAUGUUAUAUAUUUAACAGUUCAUAAAGUCUUUCAAGCCUACGUGUCAAAAUUUGCUCUAAAAGUAUAAUAUAGAAUUGGAGACAUGCCGUGGGUAAUGAAAGGAAUACUAAUAUGAGUGAAUCAGUUGAUCGAUUUUAGUCAAUCAGUCCUCCAGUUGUCUGAUAUUCAUUGUGAUAUAUGAUUUAGCUUAUGUUGUUCAGCCAUGUGAUCAAUUUUACUCAUCCUGCUGUUACUCAUUACCGUGUGGUUUGCGAAGAUGCACGAGGUGGUUAGCACGCCAGCGCGGCGCAAUGACCCUCUCACCAAUGCGGUGGCUGUGAGGUCAAGUCCAGCUCUUGCUGGCUUCCCCUCUGGCCGUACGUGGGACGGUCUUUCAAGCAACAUGCGGAUGGUCGUGGGUUUCCCCCGGGCUCUGAUUGAGUUGUCAUGCUUUUUCUGCAUGGUGUGCAACUUGCAAAUAAUUAAAUGUACGAGAGGAGUUCCGUCGUGCUUGGAAACGGGUGUGGAUAUAUCAUGCGAAUACAUCACGUUUCAUCUAACCAGAUCCAUGUGUUUGUCACUUGCUGAGUUACGUUAGUACGUUCACGAUUGGUCGUUUAAAAUACAAAGUUUUGUAAAUUGAUUUGUGGUGUUUGCAAAUUUACAAUUUUUUAAAUGACUGACGUGGUAAUGGUUUCAAUCAAUGGUUUCAGUCUGUAAAUUUAUUUAUUUAUGUAUUUGACUGGUGCUUUACGCCGUAUUCAAGAAUAUUUCACUUUAACGACGGCGGCCAGCAUUAUGGUGGGUGGAAACCGGGCAGAGAACGGGGGAAACCAAUGACCAUCCGCAGGUUGCUGAAGACCAUCCCACGUACGGCCGAAGAGGAAGCCAGCCUGAGCUGGACUUGAACUCACAGCGACCGCAUUAGUGAGAGGCUCCUGAGUCAUUACGCCUGCGCUAGAGCGCUAGGGAACUGAGCCACGGAGUCUGUUGAUGAGAAUCGCCAGAGGCCCAUUAUAGAGGCAUGAAAAAAAAAGAAAUUCAUGGAAGUAGUUUCACCCAAGCACGACGUGUCAGUGAGCUUAACGAAAGAGACCGUGUGUUAUGGUAAAAUAUUAGCUUCCUUUCGUGAUGUUUUCGUCAUUGUUUUGUUGGGAAUUAUAUAUUAUGACUAUGCAUUGAAUAAAAAUUUUAA